AGCGGUAACAGACUGGCAACGCUUGCGAAAAGUCGAGUUGGCAUUUGUACUCGAAAAAUUCCAUUUAAACACAAAAUAACCAAACUGCAAACACUUAUAAAUAAGUAACACACUGGCGUAAUUGAGGAAAAGUUUCGUCUUUCCCAGCUAACGCACUGCGACAACAUGUUGCACAACAAUGCCAGCGGCUGGCUGCCACCGCCUCAACAACGACGCAUGCAGCAACAACAACAAAUGCAACAGCAACAACAAUUGCAGCAGCAGCCAUCUCAAAUACAUCACAAUCAGUCGCCGUCACAGUCACAGCCUCAACCUCAGACGCAGCCGCAGCCGCAGCCGCAGCUUUAUGCCAGUCAAAUGUUUCAACAACAGCUGCCACAGCCCGGCCAACAAGCAUUUUGGCCAGAACAGGAACAACAGUCGUCUUCGCUCAGCUAUAACAAUUACUUUGCCGGCACAGCACAAGCCAAGCCACUGAGUUAUGGAUCACCUGCAGCAGUUCCUACUCCUGUUUCUGCACCAGCUCCAGCAACAGCACCAGCGCCAGCACCUGCCGUUCCACUGACCUAUGCACAGCCCGAUAUGAUGUCCACUCAACAGCAAUAUUAUCAACCAUCACCAUUGGUGCAUCCCGAGCCACAGAUACAGCCAGUUGCCGAGCUCUUUGAUAAUAAUAAUAGUGGCAAAAACGAUGGCUGGGGUGAUUGGGGCGAUUGGAAUGAUAACGUCAACAACAACAGCAAUAACAACAUUAACAACAUUAGCAACAUUAGCAACAGCAACAGCGGCAUCAUUAGCCAUAAUAAUGAGGUGCCGCCCGUAGCUAACGUUGUGGAGGAUUCAUUUAAUGUGCAGGGCCAGAGCAGCUGGCACAACUUCAGUAAUAACCUAAACACCAGCAACAACCUCAAUGCCAGCAAUACCAACAACAGCAACAGCAACAACAACAAUAAUAUUAAUACUGAACCAAGCAAAUCAUUGGAAUUGCCGCCUUUACUGUCGCCCUCAGCGGAGCAACUGUCGCCCGUGUCGGAGCCCGAACUGAAUGCCAUUGUGCCCCCACAAGCUUUCCAAAAUCAGCCACUUGCAGCUCCUUCAGUGGCAGGGCCUUCAGUAACAGCAGCCCCUCCAGUGACUGCUCCUCCACCGGCCGCGACGUCUGUGCUGCCACCACCGGCAAUGGACGCGGCAGCCGGAAAUCCUUUCAAGCGCUCCGGUGGACUAAGCCAGCGUGUGAAUAUAUUGGCCACACAAGGUGCAACGGCAGCGGCAGCACCAGCACCAGCUCCAGCUCCAAUUGUGCCUAUGCCGGCAGCUGCGCCUGUACAGAUGAUGGUGCCGGAACCAAGCCAGCCGGAGCAGCCGUAUGAGAAUCAGGAGGUACUGUUAGCAGCGCCCAAUGAUGAGCGCGCACAAUAUCUGCAGACGAGUCACCUGUCUGAGCAGCACGAGGAGGAGGCCAACGAGGGCAACUGGGAGGCGGAUGGACUGUUGCCGCCACCAGGCCUGUCGCGACUUGUGCUUGGACAGCCAGAGCUGGUGGAGCAGCAACGUCUGGUCACUGGCACCGAGGAACCAGCCAGUCAUGUGACCAAUGCGCUGCAUAUGUCCGACCGCCAAGCCGAUGGCGAGGAUACCUCCGAGGGUGAGCAGCCGAUGCGUACGGAUCUGUUCCAUCCGCAGCAGCAACAACAGCAACAGCUGCAGCAACAACAUCAGCAGCACCAGCAACAGCAACAACAACAGCAUCUUCAGCAGCAACAGCUGCAGACCUCAGCGCGUCGCGUGGUAACGGGCGUCGAGACGCACGCCCCAGCCGUGGUGCUGUCCGGAGAGCAACGUGAGGUGGUGCUUGAUGGCGAGAAUCUGGAGGAUCAGCGACCAGUACAGCCGCCAGUGUCGCUCACAGCGCCGACAACAGCAGCAGCAGCUGCAGGAGGUGGAUUAGGAGGAGUGGGUACAGGUGCAUCGGGAUCAGCCGCUGCAAUCGAACUGGAUACGGAAAUACAUCAGACACAUCACAUUAGCAACGAGGAGAGUGAGACGAGCGCGCAGCAGCAGUUGCAACAGCAGCAACUGUUGCUAGAGAAGAAGCAGCAGCAACAACAUGCACGCGGCAAACCCCGUCCGGCGGCCUCGCUCGAUCUGGAGUCCGAGGACGAGUCCGAGGAUGAGUGGCUGCUAAGUGAUAGGCAUGACCUGCCGCCGCGACGACAGCCGGAUGAGCGCAGCAUGCGCAGCUUGCGCAGCAAUCGUCGCCAUUAUAGCAGCAACAACACGAGCAACAACUACGAAGGCGAAACAGAGGACUCGGCGCGUGCUGUGGGCGGCGGCGGAGCCGGCGGAGGACCAGCUGGCCACAACGAGAGCAACAGCAGCAGCAAAUCGGGCCGUGAUAUGAAGCGGCGCAGCCGUGAUGCGGAUCAGCAUCGCAGGCAUGAGCCGGAGCGCAGUGGCAGAGAGCGCAGCGACAGAGAACGGGACCGCGAACGGGAGCGAGAACGGGAGCGUGAACGUGAACGGGAACGUGAAAGGGAACGCGAAAGAGAGCGUGAUCGCCAUACGUGGCGACGCGACGAUACAUCAUACCGGAUGUCGCGGUACAGCAACAACAACAGCAACUACGACGGCGAGUCGGACGCAGCCGUCCAGGCGGCAGCCAGCGAUGGCGGCGGCGGUGCCGGCAGCGGCACUGGCGGACGCAAAAGCAAGGGAAGCCGUCACAGCCGCAGCGGUGUGGCAGCGGACAUCGACUACGAUGACUAUGAGAUGCAUUCGAUGCCACGCGGCAGCAGUCACUAUCGCUCGAGGCGCUCGGAGAAGCAGGCGCCCUCCUCGCAGCAGGACAAACUGCGCAGCAGUCGACGCAGCCAUGAUGGCGGGGAGCGAGCGCGGCACUCGCAUCAUGCGGACUGGCAGCAACAGCAAUGGGAUCCACGCACCUACGAGGGCUACCGCAACAAGAGCUCGCGCAACAGCGACCUCAAGAAGGACUCGGUCAAUGGCAGUAUGCAGUAUGCAAAUCCAACGGCCGGCUACGAUCCGUUCAGCAUCUACGAGCAGAUGUCGUGUGAUCCGCGCGCCUAUAUGGACAUGUAUACCAAGCUGUAUGGCCAGAUGAUGAUGAGCGCUGCGGUGAAUGCGGGCGCCGCAACGAAGGCAGUGAAGCAUCCGAUGCACGAUCAACUGAUCGGCAUGGAUCCGAGGGCUUUUGUGGACCGCACCGGCGCUGGCUCCGCGGCUGGCGUUGGCAACGAGGACGCGCUGCUCAGUGAGCGGGAAAGGUACACACACGCAUACAUAACACAAGCAAAUGAAUUCCAUCGUCGUCGCCAACAACUGAAUCUCUAUCAGCAACAACAACAACAACAGCAACAGCAGAUGCAACAACAACAUGAUUAUUCGGAUCUAUUGAACAGCACGCUGGGUGGCGAUGACAGCGCCAGCCUCUAUGGCAGCGAUACACACAAGAACAAUCGACAUCUCAGGAUGGCAUCCUAUGGCAUCUCCAGCGCUCGUUCGUUAAGCAAUUUGAACUGUGAGGAUGCGACAAUAGCCGGAUAUAAGCGUUAUUAUGCUGGCUCGGAAUGCGGCGUUGAUAUCAGAGCUGCUGUUGGUGGUGCAACAACAGCGACUCUCGACAGCAAUGCGGAUGCCACGGCAAUGGGCAGCAUGAGCGUGGCGCGUCCGCCGCGCCGUCGCACACCGCUGCUGCACAAUCAGCCGCAUCUGGUGGCCAACUACUCGAUGAGCGUGCUGCUGCGUGUGCGGCCCAUGUACGCUGGACCCGGACGCUUGCGCAACGAGGUGGAUGUGGCAGCGCCCAGGAUCAAGGAUGCCACCAGCAGUCUGCUGCGCGCCUAUCCCGGCCCGUUGCAGGGUCGCAAGCUGCACAAGGACAAGAUCAUUAGCUUCUGCAAGGAGCAGAUACGCUUGGGCCCAUCGCGCUCCUGCAGCAUUCUGUACGCCACACAGACAAAGCCGCUGGGCAGCGUGGACAAAUAUCGUGCCUCGCACGCGUUAAUGUGGAAUCUACUCAUACUGCUGCUGCGACAGAAUGGGGUCAUUGCCGACACGGAUGUGGGCGAUCUGCUGCUGGAGAAUCAGCGCGAAUAUCCGUAUGCGCCGGAGCCGGAGGCGGAUGCCGAAUCAGCGGACACCGAAUCAGCGGAUGCUGACUCAGCGGCUGCGCGUAUCGUGGCAGAUCGUAGCGGGACGGCCAAUGACUCAGAUGGCGAGGCUGUGACAAAGGCACCAGCUGCCGCUGGGGCUGCGGAAACUGAACAGGAUGGCGAUGCAGAUGCGGCUGGCACAGAGCCGCCCAUGUCGGAGCAAGCUGCCACCGACAAGUUUCGCAGCUUUGUGCUGCGCGGCAACGUCGAGGAGGCGCUGCAAUGGGCCACCGAUCACAACCUGUGGACGCACGCGUUCUUCUUGGCCCUCUACGAGGAUCGCUAUGCCCUCACAGAUGUGGCACAAAAGUUUCUCAGUCGCGCCAUCAAAGCGAACGAUCCGCUGCAGACGCUCUAUCAGAUGAAGAGCUGUCAUACGCCCGCCUGCGUGAGCCAGCUGCGCGACGAGCAGUGGGGCGACUGGCGUUCGCAUCUCUCCAUCCUGGUGACCAAUAAAUCGCGCCAGCCCGAAUACGAUCGCAGCUCGGUGGUUGCCCUGGGCGAUACGCUCUUUCAACGCGGCGACAUCUAUGCGGCGCAUUUCUGCUAUCUAGUUGCACAGGAGGAGUUCGGACGUUACGACAGCGGUGCCACGGAACUGACCACGCUGACAGCCAAUGUGCCCAGGCUCAUCUUGCUGGGCGCCUCUCACUACAAGCCGUUCAAUGAGUUUGCCAGCAACGAGGCAAUCAUCAUGACGGAGAUCUACGAGUACGCACGCUCGCUGUACGAUAACAAGUUCAGCAUUGUGAACUUCCAGCAUUACAAAUUCCUGUUGGCCACACGCAUCCUGGACUAUGGGCAACAUUUCCGCUGCACCAACUAUCUGGAGCAGAUAGCCAAUCACAUUGAGCUCAAGCCGGAUAGCUACGAUGCGGACUUUAUAAAACGAGUUUGCGGACUGGCCGAGCGCUUGCGCUUUUACGAUCCCAUACUGAUCAAUCGUGUGUCCUUUGCAAGUCCAACGAAUGCAACAAACGGCGGUCAGGCGGCGCCACAAGUCGGUGCACCUGAGGAAAAGGAAUGGCUGCGUCAGCUGCGCGCGCUGGCUGAUCAGCAGCCACAAGGGCAACAACAUCUAGAGCAGCAGCAACAGCAGGCGGACAUUGAUCAGCAAUUCGUGGAUUUGAAUAAGCAAAUGCGCGAGCUUAACAUGCAAUAUGAGGACACCAUGCAGCGUGAGCAGGAGACGCAGCAGGAGCACCAGCAACAGCAGCGACAGCAGCCGGAAUACUAUGAGCAAUCGGCUCAAGUGCAGCCGAGUCACGAGCAAGCGCUCACCGAUAGCUAUGCGCCGCCCCUGUACUACGAUCCGAAUACAGCACAGCAGCAACAGCAACAGCAGCAGCAGCAACAACAGCAACAGCAACAUCUGUAUGAUUCCUCACAGCAACAGUUGAAGCCGAGCGCUGUCUAUGGGCACAUUGAGACUGCAACCGAGGCAUAUGGCAGCCACAAUACGCAGGCCUAUGAUGCACAGCCAGCAGCAACAUCUGGCUACGAUUAUUGGCCCGGGGAUGGACAGCAGCCGUUUGGCGAUGAGCUGGCGCAGAUGGAGAGCAAUGACCAAAUUGCUGACGACAGCAACAACAUGAGUAGCAGCAAUCUAGACACUAGCAACAAUAUUGUAGCAACAGCAGCAGCUGAAACUGUAGCUGAAGCUGAAGCUGAAUUAGAUGCUGAUGUGGAGCAAACACAGCUGAAACAAUUGCAGCUGCCGGAGCCAAGUGCUUACAGCAGCAACAGCAAGAGCAGCAGCAGCAGUAGCAGCAACAUAAUGGACCAUAGCAACAAUCGCUUUAAACACAAUGCCUUAAAGCUGCACGCUGCUGGCAAUGGCAAGCAAAUGCAUUGCGCCAGCCAUGACCAGGACAAGAGCAAACAAUUGUCGCGCAAAUUGCAAUUUGGCAACAGCAGCAGCAACGCCAACAAUAUUGCGGAAAUGACUGCAACAACAACAGCGAAGCCAUUUAAUUUGAAUGAUCAACAUCAGCAAAGGCUACCCACAAUUUCGAUGCCAAAAUCAAAGAGUUACGAUGACGACGAUGGAGCUGUUACGGCCGGAAAUUCUACAUCCGGCAGUGCAACAGCAACGACAGGCAAACAGCAGCAGCAACAGCAACAGGCCGGAGCCGGCGGCUUGCCAAGCGGACAGGGCAACCAGAACUCCGGCUGGUUUGGUGGGCUGUGGAACAAGUUUUCGCUGAAGCCCAAAAAUCAAAUGAUUCUGCCGGAUGACAAGAAUCCGACAAUUGUUUGGGAUAAGGAGCGCAAGUGCUGGACAAACACUGAGGGCAAUGCCGAUGAGGCGGAAUCAUUUAAGCCGCCACCAAAGAUGAGCGACAUGGGCGCCACACCAGCACCAGCUCUCAAUUCCUUGGGUAAUGUGCCAACGCCAAUGGCGGCGCCAAAUCUGUUGCCACAGCAGUCUAUGACUGCACCGGAGCUGUCCAACAAUGCGAAUGUCUAUGAGAAUCAAGGGGAAUACGAUUACGGAUCGGGCUAUCAGGAGACAAUGUAUGCAGGCGCACCAGCAGCAGCCGAAAUCCCUACAAUGCCUGCGCCAGCUGCCUCGCCGGCACCUCCAGUACCGACAGCAACCGCAGCCGCAGCAGGAGCAGGAGCAGCAACGGUGCCUGGUGGCGCGCAGCCAAAGCUUCAAUCGAACAUGUUCAAAAUUAAGCGCAAUCGCACGCUGAAGAACUCCUACGUUGAUGUAUUCAAUCCAUCUGGUGCGCCCAUCUCGGCAGCGCCACAGAAUGUGCUGGCGCCAGCAAUGGCGCCGGUUGCUGUGCCACAAGGCGGUUUCUUUGUGCCUGGCGCGAUGCCAAUGCAACAACAGCAGCAACCACAACAACAACAACAGGCGCAGCAGCAGCAGCAACAAUAGCA